CGUCACUGAGACACCGAUCCGUCAGCUGCAUUUGAAGUGGUUGACGAAGUGACUCGCGUCCUGAUCGUUGUUUCGUGAUAAAUCGCGCCUCGCGCUAUCUCUCCCGCGAUGCCGAAUUUCACGAAGUGGUACUUCGUGUUAAUCAUUAUCACCUGCGUGACGAUCGGCCACGCCCUGGAGUGUUAUGUUUGCACGGAUCAGGAGGGCAAUCGAGAUAAAUGUCUGAAUACUAUUAAGACCUGCGAACAAGGGCAGGAUGUUUGCCUUACGGAGAUUAGAUGGGGCAGUACACCGUAUUGGUCUCAGGGUGCCAAGAAGCAAUUUUAUGUCUCUAAAAAGUGUGCUGCUAAAAGAGAAUGUGAGAGGAUGCAGCGAAAUAAUAUGCCCGAUUGUACUCACAUCUGGUAUCAAGACUGGCAAUGUUCUUCUUGCUGUCAGGGUGAUAGGUGUAACUACUAUGUUAUUGUGAGUAUAAUUUUUAUUAUUAGUAAUUUAAAAAGAAUAGGAUAA